AUGCCGACGACCAGACGAUCCACAGGCGGCCCCAGAGCCCGGCCGGGUCCUACGAAGGGACAGUCAACCAUCAGCUUCGCCAACAGAGUGACGAAGAGCGUAUCUCGAGAGGGCAAGAAGGCCAUCAGUACCCCCAUAACUUCAAAUAUUGCCGCGCCGACCGAUGCCAUCUCAGAAAAGCAAGAAGUUGUGGACGUUCCCUUGGCGGACGAUGUCCCGACGGAAGAGGAGCCGGACGUUGAGCCAGAGGAGGUGCCGGUCGUCUUGAAAUCAGAGACGGAGCUAGAGGCAGAGAAGGUCAGCGAUGCGCAGGUCAACAGCUACUGGAAAUCAGUGGAAAGCCAGCGCAAAGCACCGCAAGUGCAUCAAGAAGGCCUCGACGUCACCGAGAGGGUGUUGCGGUAUUUUGACGUGAGCUCGCAGUAUGGUCCUUGCAUUGGCGUCAGCCGCAUCAAGAGGUGGCAUAGAGCCGAACGUCUCGGCCUCAACCCGCCUAUUGAAGUUCUGGCCGUGCUUCUACGGGGAGAGAAGGAAGAUGGGGAGAAAAUCGAGACUGCACACAUGGAUCAGAUCCUAAACUCCAUCGUCCUCGAUGCAUGA